GAUGGAUCACUGGGAAAUAUUGAUGACCUGGCACAGCAGUAUGCAGACUACUAUAACACCUGCUUCACAGAUGUGUGCGAGAGGAUGGAAGAGCUGCGCAAACGGAGGGUUUCCCAAGACCUUGAAAUGGAAAAACCUGAUGCCAGCCCCACAUCUCUACAGCUGCGCUCCCAGGUUGAGGAGUCACUUGGUCUCAGCAGCACCGCGUCUACACCCGACACUGAAAGAAAGCUCUCCAUUCAUAAAUCAAGUUCGGAAGAAGGCUCUGUAGGGAAAGCAGACUGGAAAAAGAAAAACAAGUUUUUUUGGCAGAAUUUCCGAAAGAACCAGAAAGGACUAAUAAGGCAGACUUCGAAAGGAGAGGAUGUAGGGUACGUGGCCAGUGAGAUCACGAUGAGCGACGAGGAACGGAUCCAGCUGAUGAUGAUGGUCAAAGAGAAGAUGAUCACCAUUGAGGAAGCACUUGCUAGGCUGAAGGAGUAUGAAGCCCAGCACAGACAGUCGAGCACUGUAGAUGCUACAGAAUGGCCUGAUGGUUCUUACUCAACAUUUGAUGGGUCUUCCAAUUGUAAUUCAAGAGAACAAUCCGAUGAUGAAACAGAGGAGUCGGUGAAGUUUAAGAGGUUGCACAAGCUGGUGAAUUCUACUCGCAGAGUCAGGAAGAAACUCAUAAGAGUGGAAGAAAUGAAAAAACCCAGCACAGAAGGUGUGGAAGAGCACUCACUUGACAACUCUCCUAUACUGGAUGACAGAUCGGCACUUUACUCUGGAGUUCACAAGAAGCAAUUCUACUUUGACAGCUCCUGUGAGAAGCAGCCAGAGGAUGACUCGGACUCACUUACUACUUCUCCCUCAUCCAGCAGUCUUGAUACAUGGGGAGCUAACCGGAAGCUGGUGAAGACCUUCAGCAAAACUGAUAGCCGUGGCCUUAUCAAGCCUCCCAAGAAACUCGGGACAUUUUUCUCUUACCCAGAAGAGGAGAAGACCCAGAAAGUUUGCCGCUCCUUGACAGAUGGGGAAAUGAAGAAGAGCCUCGGCUCUCUGAGCCAUGGGAGAACCUGUAGCUUUGGAGGAUUUGACUUGACAAAUCGUUCCCUUCAUAUUGGAAACAGUUCUGACCAAGUGGGCAAAGAAGGAGACUUCGUUUAUAAAGAAGUGAUCAAAUCACCCUCUGCGUCCCGUAUAUCUCUGGGUAAAAAGGUGAAGUCUGUAAAGGAAACCAUGAAGAAAAGGAUGUCUAAAAAAUACAGCAGCUCUCUGUCUGAGCAGGAGUCCAGCCCUGGGGUCAUGCCGGGUUCUCCACAGUCACCGCCACCAGACACUGACCCCCUGGACAAACCCAAGCUGAAAGCCGGUGGCUCAGUAGAGAGCCUGAGGAGUUCCUUAAGCGGUCAGAGCUCAAUGAGUGGUCAGACAGUGAGCACAACAGAUUCCUCAACCAGCAACAGGGAGAGCGUGAAAUCAGAAGAUGGUGAUGAUGAAGAGCCUCCUUACAGAGGACCUUUCUGUGGAAGAGCCAGGGUUCACACUGAUUUUACUCCAAGUCCUUAUGAUACAGACUCUCUGAAGCUCAAGAAAGGUGACAUCAUCGAUAUAAUCAGCAAACCCCCCAUGGGCACUUGGAUGGGCCUGUUGAACAACAAAGUUGGCACUUUCAAAUUUAUCUAUGUGGACGUGUUGAACGAAGAGGAAGAGAAGCCAAAGCGGCCCACCAGGAGGCGCCGGAAAAGCAGGCCACCCCAGCCCAAGUCAGUUGAGGAUCUCUUGGAUCGCAUCAACUUAAAGGAGCACAUGCCCACUUUCCUGUUCAAUGGUUAUGAAGAUCUGGAUACAUUUAAGCUUUUAGAAGAAGAAGAUUUGGAUGAACUGAACAUCCGAGAUCCUGAGCACAGAGCUGUUCUCCUUACAGCAGUGGAACUUCUACAGGAGUAUGAUAGUAACAGCGACCAGUCAGGAUCUCAGGAGAAACUUCUCAUUGAAGGCCAGGGCCUAACCGGAUGCUCUCCUCGGGAUUCUGGCUGCUACGAAAGCAGUGAAAACCUGGAGAAUGGUAAAACUCGAAGGACCUGUCUUCUGCCCUCCAAAUCAGCCAGUGAGCAUAGCUUUAAGGACUUCAGCAGAAACCAGCUAUCAAAUUAUCCUACGCUUCCACUGACCGAGUCAAUAGAAACUCUACAGCAAGGGGAAAAAGAAAGCCGGUUGACCUGUGCACAUCGUGCUCUGAAGAGCUCUGUCAAACCUCCAGCUGUUACGGGUCUGAAGAAGAACCGUAGAAGUUUACCGGUUGCUGUCUGUCGGAGCUAUGAAACUCUAGAUGGCCCCCAGGGUGUAGAUACGUGGCCAAGAUCUCACUCACUGGAUGAUCUCCAGGGAGAACCCAAUACUAACCUACAGGACGCUAGCAAGGAAGUAGGUUCUUUUCCUCAGGAUUCACUGGAUACAGCAAAAAAGGCAGCUGGCUGUGCCCUGCCGCCUCAGACUCACGGAGGCAGCUGUAUGGUAGAUGACUUGAUGGCUAAGCAGGGUAAAGGAGCUGCUAGUUCUCAGAAGGGAAGAGCUAAGGAAUUGGACUGCUCCAUAAAGGAGACUGCAGGUGGAAAGCCAGCUCCUUUCCCCCUGAAAAACUGUGAAGCUCAGCCUGCCUUAGUGAUGCAUCUUGCAACAAGGACGCCUCUGGAAAUACAAAGUAAAGGCUUUCGUGACCUUGCCCGGGCUGAUUAUGCUCUAGUCUUCAAGGGAGGUCUAGAAGCUGAGCAAAAAGGCACAAAUGAGGCAAGAACGCUGCCAAAAAAUGCUUCUCAGCCGCCACCUGUCCCUGCCAAAAAAUGCCGAGAACGCCUUUCUAAUGGAUUGUAUCAUCCUUCCACGACCGCGAGCGGGAACCACUCAAGUCAAGAAGCACCAUGUUUGCCGGUAAAAAAGACCAGCUCCUCCACUCCCAUUGAUUGUCAUGGAGUACCUGUCCAUAGGACAUCUUCUGAACAGGAGCCCAGUGCCCCUUCUAGCCCACUGCCACCCUGGCUGUCGGAGCUCCCAGAGACUGCUAGUGUCCAGCAGCAUGUGGUAAAGCUAGGUCCUGCUUCAGUGAGGAAAGUCUCUUGUAGCAGGGGCAUGGAUCUGGAAAUGGUAAUAGAAAACAAGUUGCAGUCUGAAGACAUUGAUCUUACUGAAGAACCGUAUUCUGACAAGCAUGGUCGCUGUGGCAUUCCCGAGGCUUUGGUACAGAGGUACUCUGAAGACUUAGACCAGCCUGAAAAGGAUGUUGCCACAAACAUGGACCAAAUCCGGGUAAAGCAGCUGAGGAAGCAGCAUCGCAUGGCAAUUCCAAGCGGAGGGCUCACUGAAAUUUGCCGAAAACCUGUAUCCCCAGGACUUGUCACCUCUGUAUCUGACUGGCUGAUUUCCAUUGGUCUACCUAUGUAUUGCAGCCUGCUCACAGAAGCAGGAUUCAACACACUGAGCAAAGUGCCUUCUCUGUCACAAACUUGCCUUCAGGAAGCUGGCAUCACAGAGGAAAGGCACAUAAGCAAGCUCCUGGCAGCGGCAAGACUCUUCAAACCUCUUGAUCCAGAGGCAAUUUGA